AUGAAACCAGACUCUUCCCCCAAGGGCUCGCGCGGGCUGGGGAUCAAGGCCGAGUUCCUGAAGCAGACGGGGACGAGCGCCCCCCGCUCCCCGAGGCAGGACACGGCCGUGACUAAAGGGGACCAGGUCAGACAACCUGGAUUCAAGCGCCAGCGACUUGCAGCUGAUCCAUGGCGCUGCUUCUGCUUUGCCACGUCCGACCAGCCUGCUGCCCGCAUCGCGGCCCAGUGCUCGGCUGAGAUCAGCUCUGGGCCGAAGAACUGCCGGGGGGAGCUUAGCCCCAGCCAGAGCGAGGUGAUGCUGGGGGGCAGGGGGCCGUGCUCGGAAGAGCUCAUGGACACGGUCAUCUCCGAACCUCCGCCCAGCCUGGCGGACGAAGACCGGGCCUCAGUUUCCCCUGCCUUCGUUGCCUCGCGUCUGGAUCACAGCAGUGCGAUAGACAUGGGCGGGAAGCAGUCGGCACUUGGCCACGCUGGCCGCCGGCACAGAACGCCGCAGGGCGUCUUCUCGGCACUGCAGGCUACCUUGAGCAUUUCGCUGACGCGGAGUUUGGUUCUAGAUGAUGGUGCCCUCCAGAAAGCCCCUUGGGGCAUCAACAUCAUGAAAAAGAACAAGAAACCUGCUUCACGGGCCUUCGGCGUGAGGGUGGAGGACUGUCAGCCUGCCCCAGCCAACAAGAACGUCCCGCUGAUCAUGGAGGCCUGCUGCAAGGUGGUGGAGGACAAGGGCCUGGAAUACAUGGGCAUCUACCGCGUCCCCGGGAACAACGCCGUGGUGUCCAGCCUGCAGGAGCAGCUCAACAAGGGAAGCACCGAGAUCAACCUGCAGGACGAGAGGUGGCAGGACCUGAAUGUCAUCAGCAGUCGGUUGAAAUCCUUCUUCCGGAAGCUCCCGGAGCCCCUGUUCACAGACGAUAGCUUUCAGAUCGAAGAUGCCAGCGAGAGGUUGAAGACGUUGCGGAAACUGAUCCGGGACCUGCCGGGACAGUACUAGGAGACACUCAAGUUCCUGGUGGGGCACCUGAAGACUAUCGCGGACCACUCCGAGAAGAACAAGAUGGAGCCCCGGAACCUGGCCCUGGUCUUCGGCCCCACGCUGGUCCGGACGUCCGAGGACAACAUGACGGACAUGGUGACGCACAUGCCAGACCGCUACAAAAUCGUGGAGACCCUCAUCCAGCAUUCGGACUGGUUCUUCAGUGACAAGGAGGACAAGGGGGAGAAGACCCCUGUGGACGAGAAGGAGGCACAGUCAGUGCCGAACAUCGAGUACCUGCUCCCCAACAUCGGGAGGACGGUGGUGCCAGGGGACGCCUCAGAUUCAACCAAUAGCAGCUCUGCCAAAUCGAAGCGGGGGGAUUCUCCAUCCAGCAGGGCUCGGGGGGCGCCCCAGAAGGAGCAGUACAACAAGGAGCUGCUCGCCAUCUCCUUCAUCGCUGCCGUCAACCGCAAGAGGAAGAAGCAGCGGGAGGCCAAGCGUUUGGGGAGCAGCACGGAUGACGGCUCGGAGCACGAGGCCACCAAGGGCGCCGGCAAAGGCAGAGCGGAGGAGGUCAAGGACGGGGGCGCGGAGGAGGAAGAGGCCAAGGGGCCGGGGCGCGGCACAGCCCCUGGAGAGCCAGGCCCAACGUGCGACGCUCCGAGUCGCCGAGCGGGCGUGGAGGAGCCGGCGGGACCGAGGGAGCCAGUGCCAGACGCCCGGUCCAUCGUCUCGGGCUACUCCACCCUGUCCACCAUCGACCGCAGCCUGUGCUCCGAGGUGCAGUCGGUGGCCGAGAGCCGAGGCGAGGAGGCGGACGACGAGUGCAGCGAGUUCAGCCACGUGGAGACGGACACGGAGAGCAGCUUCCUGCCGGGGAGAGCGGGGCUGGGCGCCGGGCAGGGGCCCGAGGCGGAGAGCGGCGAGAAGGAGAAGCUCACUCGGGCCUCCUUCAACUCCCACCGGCUCAUCCAGUGCGACGCACUGGCCUGCCGGAAGCUGGCGCGGCCCCGGCCGGACAGCGAGUCGUCGGCCAAGGGCAGCCAGGAGUCCCUGCGGCCCCCGGGGGCCGGCGGGGAGCCGUGGGGCGGCGGGGCCCCGGCCAGGUCCUCACUGAUGGAGCAGAUCUGCCUGCGCUUGCGGGGCUCGGCCGACGACAUGCUGGCCGUGCGCCUGCGCAAGCCCCACUCCCCGGAGACGAGGCGCAAGAAGAGCUCCUGGCGGCGCCACACGGUGGUGGUGCCCGGCGGCCUGAAGGAUCUCAACUUCAACGAGUGGAAGGAGCAGCAGGCGCCAGGCCGGGGGCCCCCCGCGGGUCCCAAGCUCUGCCCCCCGGACGCCGGCGCCUCCUGCAGGGACCUGCAUGGGGACAACAAGGACUCGGGCCUCAGCAGCCUGGAGUCGACCAAGGCCAGGCCCUCCUCGUCCUCGGCACUGAGCCACCAGGGCGGCGCCGGUGAACAGCAGCACAGUAAGGGCCCGGAGGGGAACCCUGGCGACCGGGGCCCGGCUCCCACGCGCGCAGCUUCCUUCCGCUUCCACCAGUGUCUCUAACCCCCUCCAGACCCCGAGGCCCGGCUGUCUCUGCUUUCCCUCCCCGCCAUCCCUUUCUGCCCCUGUGCGGCCUCUUGUGGCGAAGGCUGAGGACCCAUCUCCGGGCGGUUCCCCAUCCACCCAGUGCCAGGCGCUGCACAGAGCUAGGAGCUCCCUCGAGGGGCGAGCAGCCACUUGCCCUGAUUUUGCCAGCCUUGCCCCUGGAGCGUCCCUUGGCCUUUCUCACGGGGCUCCCGAGGCUGCCGGAGACAUCCCCUCGCUGCCCCGGCCGCGCUGCCUGUCCGGCGCUUCGGUGUGGCGUUAAUUGAACGACCGUCCCUUGGUUUGUGGAUUUAAUCGUGAGUCUCUUGAAUCUGGCUCCCUUUUUAAGACUCCCCCACCCCUGAGGCGGGGAACGUCCGCAACUCGGAGUGUCCCGGCCUCGCCACAGAGCCGGGAUCCCAGCCCUUGGGGUCCAGCCCGCAGCUGGGACGGGUGGGCGGUCACGGCGCACCCACAGGAAGCACUUGGCCUGAGACAGGCAACCCCUCCCCGGCUUCACGGCCCCCCCAGCACAUCUCCCUGCAUGGCUGUGGGGUCCCUGAGGCUGCCAGAUCCUCUCUGCUGCCCCCCCAGACCUCACCGGGCGGAGUGUGCGUGGCUCUCGCUGCCCCACCCCUUGAUGGGGGAUCCCGCGGUUGCUGCCAAGGGCUGCUCCCCCCCUGACACGGGGGGUGGGGGAGGGGGAAGGAUGCUCCGAUUUCCAUGAGACCAUUGCCAGUCCCCCGCUGCCAGCCCCCAAACCGCCUCGCAGCCGGAGCUGAUGCCUCUGAAAUGCUGCCACAGCUCUGGCAUCACAUUACUGGGCCCCCCCAGCCCCCCUCGGCUCAGAGAACGUGCCCCUGUGCCGCUGGGGUGCAAGGAAAUGUGGGGUGGCUUUGAACGGAGGGUCCCUGGCACCCCAGUCUCAGCCCGUCCUGCCUGCCCCAGAGAGGGGCUCCCCUUUCCCAAGCCGGUUCUCCCCCCCGCCCCCCCCCGGGGCAGUCCAGGGUGAGCGAGGCGGCUGUAGAAUGGAGACAGGAGGCCCUGCAGGCGCAGCGCCCGCCCAUGGGCUUUGCCCAAGCGCGUGAGCGUUUUCCUGCUGGCUCGUAACACUGGCGUGUGCAUGUGCGUGCACACGAGCACCAGACACGUGUGUGCAUCAUUUGCACGUGUGCUCGUGCACCAUUGACACGUGUGUGCCGUGGCUGUGCCCCAUGGAGCCCGUUGCUGGGGUGCCCCUGUGCCCAGCAUGAGUCAGCGUUGGGUAAUUGGGAGCUGUCGGUGUGUUGGCUUCAUUGGCACAUGUGCAGGAGGGCGAGUGCUGGGGUCAUUGGCACAUGUGCUCAGUGACCACGUGCCCGCUGGCACCGCGUGAAUGCUGGGAAAUGGCCCUCGUGCCAAGGGCCCUUUGUUCCCCAGCCCCUCCCCUGUGCCAGGCCGGGCCAGGUCCUGCUCUCUGCCAGGGAGGAGGUGCCGGGGGCAGGUGGUGCUGUUGUUUGCCAGCCUGCAAAGCCACAGGGGAAGGAGCAGGGGCUGGAACGGUGGCUGGCGAAGCGCAGGAGGGAGACCCAGGCCACUGCUGGUUCAGCGCUUCCAGUGGCCCAUUCCCCUCCAGGCAUGGGAGUUUUCCUUGCACGCCCACCGCUCCGGCGUGCCCGUCCCCAUUCCCCAAGCUCCCCCCACCCCGCCAGUGUAGCUGCUGGUGAUUCUACCCACCCUGUGUGCGGCAGGGAAAUCCAGGCAGGGAAGGUACGUGGGCCAGCCAGGAACAUUCGGGGAGGCGGGAGGAAUCCACCGGCGUCACUGGGGCCUAGAGUUCAGCCCCGAGUACUCGGCAGCUGCCCUUCCUCCCCGGACACGACCCUCUGCGGCCCGAGGCCUCCUGCCCCUGUGUCUGGACGGGGCGUUCACACUCAGCAGCUCAUGCUGCCUGGCAGGUAGGCGGAGAGGGGCGAAGCCGCCCGAGGUUCGGCCGUCCGGUGGGAACCGGGCACUCCCAGCGGGGCUGGGGGGGUCUUUGGCAGGCUCAGCCUGGCUGGGCAGCCCCCUGGCGAGCAGGUGGAGCAGGCAGCUGGGAGCGGGAGCGUUAGGUGACCCAGCCAGGCAGGUUGCAGCCCUUUUGAGAAGCAGGGCUGGACUGGGCCGGGCGUGAGCGAGCGGCGCGGGUGCGCACAGGGCACAGAAGUGGCCCUGCAGAGAGCAGCCAGGCCCAGGUCCCGUGCCUGUUCACAGCCGGGGAGGAGCACGUUGUGGGCAGGCCAGUGUUAAUGCUGCAGCCCCGGUGCCAGGUGGGUGCGAAAGCAGCCGUGCCCGUUCCCCAGGCUGUUCAAUCCCGGUCACCACCUUGCACAGCCUGGCUUUUAGCCUGACCAGCUCGCUUCCUCUCUGGCGCACACAUUCCCAGCGACAGGCCUGGCGUGUUUGUGUCUCACCGCCCGGUUGGUUCCCCCCCAGCACUCACUGGCUGCCCCUCGGUGCCCACCUGAAUCCUUGCCCCCCACCUGCCCAGAACAGCUGGGCCGCAUGCACCUGCCGUGCUCAAUAGGGUUGCACCCCGUGGCUGGGAGCCAGAGCGCGCUCCCGGAGAGAGCGGACGCUUCCUGGAGCCCGGCAAGAACUGAGUGUGACUGCAGGGCUUGCCGGAGCACUUUGCAGAGCACGUGGAAGGCACAAGGACUGUAGCGUUCAAAGCCCUCCGAGAGGAGCGUGUCCACCCUGCGAAACUCCCCUCGCCCUCCCCUGCUCUUUUCACCCAGGAACUUACCAGGCUGACCUCACCUUAGACGCCAGCGGCCUCGUUUGUGGUUUGUUUUCUGUCACGCCGCCAGCGGCCCAGCGCUUGUGCCACCCGCCCAGCUGGGGGCACCGACCGCUGCCUGUCGGCUCAAAGCGCUUUCGCAAGCGAUGCAGCCGUCUUCGGGGGGGCCGCAGCAGCUGUACCAGCGUGCACGGGGCCGGCCAGGCCGGGGCGAAGGGAUCCAAUGGGACCUGGAGGGGCGCUGCAGGUAGGUAAGGCUGAUCGUAUGCAAACUGGAAUUUGGCUAGCCCUGCCGGCCUGUCUCUCGCUACAAACAUAGUGCCAUGGAAGAUUUUGCAUUGCUCAGCGUCAGGAGAGCUGACAUUGGCAUGAGAUCAUUUAUCCCGGGUAAGUGGGGCCAGGCAGCGUAUUGAUUCCAUGCACAGAGAGUCCCACUUUCCACCAAGCAAGCAAGCGUCCGUCGUCCUUUGCAGU